UAAUUAAGUCAUGGACGUGGAUGAGAUUUUACGUUCUCUUAAUAAAUAUGGCCGAUAUCAGGUGUUUCAGCUAGUUUACAACUUCUUCUGUCUACCGAUUUUGACCUACCCUGUAGUAAUCUAUGUUUUCAUAGGUUAUGUACCUGAUUUCAAGUGUAAAGUCCCAACGGAGUACAUAAAUAAGAACUACGAUCCCGAGGGAAUACAAAACGUAACUGUCACUCAACAUCAAUGUGACGUCAUCAUUGAAUCAAACCGCUCCGGUGAUGUUAUUCAGAAAACUUUACCGUGUAACCAUGGAUACGAAUAUUUUGGUCCGGAAACCACGGCUUCUGAGUGGAAUCUGGUCUGUAGUUCGGAAAGCCUCGGCAGCAUGACAACAACCGUGGCUGUGAUUGGUCAGUUGGUAGGAUCGGGAGUGUUUCCGUCACUGGCCGACAAAUAUGGCCGCCUUGUUGUAACGUACACGAACGCCAUUGCAUUGGUUAUUUGUUACAUCUUAGCAGCCAUAGUCCCUUGGUUCAGCGCGUUUGUUAUCUUAAGAUUUCUCCUUGGAGCGUUUGGUCAGGGAGUUGGUCUGUCCCUAGCCACACUUGCACUGGAGCUGUUUCCCGCCGAAUCCCGGGGGUUUGUGGUGUUCCUAGGAAGCAUAUUCUGGUCAUUGUCCAUCUCUUCAAUCUCAUUGGUCGGAUUUCUAUUACGUCAUGUGUCAUGGCGGUACACCAUGCUGACUGCGGGUUUGAUUGGUGCCCAUACUCUGGCUUCUCGUUGGAUUCUUCAGGAGUCCCCGCGCUGGUUAAUGGCCAAUGGCAGAUACGAUGACGUCAGAGAGUGGAUCAAACAAGCAGCGAAGUGGAACAAGAAAGACAUAUCGAACAUCCUUGUGGACCUUGACCUCGUUACAGCGAGGAGUGAACUACAGGUUAUCGUGAAUACGGAGCACUCCGAUGAUGAAAACGAGGCUCGGGAGAAAAAUAGUAAAGAGGCAGAAGAAGGGGCCAGACUUGUGGGGGACAGAACUGAUUCGAAAGACGUACAACCGGGUUCUUUGGAUAAAACACUGGUUCAAGAAGAGAGUCUGUCUGUCCUUGAUAUAUUCAGACAUCGACAUAUUCUAUUGACAUCUUUGAUAGUGUGGAUUGUAUGGUUUGUGAACGGUUUGACGUACUAUGGCCUUUUUUUGACUUCCGGUACAAUGACAGGCAACAUGUACCUUAACUUCUUCCUGAACGGAGUGGUGGAAAUCCCGAGCAUUUUCUUCUACAUGUUUACUAUCAAUAGGUAUGGAAGAAAGAUCACCUGUAUAAUAUUCCACGCCAUCGCCGGGGUGUGCCUGUGUGCAUCAGCCGUUCUACUGUACUUAGGGGAUAGCUCUGUGAUGGAAGCUUUAGCACUGGCUUUGAGUUUUGCGGGCAAAUUCGGAAUAUCUGGUUCUUUUGCGACAAUCUUUUUAUAUACACCGGAAAUAUAUCCGACCAACUUACGUGCGAUUGGAAUGGGUUUAGCCUCCCUGGCAUCAAGGAUCGCCGCCAUGAUAUCCCCAUACGCUGGCCUGUUGGGUACGUACAUCCAGUGGGGCCCCGGGGUAGUGUUCGGAACCCUGUCUGUCCUGGUCACCAUCCUGUUUCUAUGGUUACCCGAAACAACCGGGAAAGAACUACCAAAUACUCUGGAUGACGUCAAGCAUUUUUAUGUAAUAAAACAAAAGAAAAAUAAAAGUUGAAGCUGGAAAUGGUUUUG